CAAAGCUGUGAGACUCCGAGCUUUUCUCUGCAGAUCUGAAGAGUGCAGUCAAGACCGCAGACUCCCGCAGAGGCUCCCCUAAGAUAUCUGGUUCUCUGGGACUGGGGACCUCACAUAGGACCGCAGGGAGUUGGCUGAAGGACUCGGGUAGCCCAGGAGCUGCCAACAAACCAAGAAUGCCAUAUAAAUGGAAGCAUACAGCACACAGGCUUUAGAGCCUGGCUGCCUUUACUCAGCAUAAAGUCUCUGGGAUUCACGCAUGUUGCUGCACGUAGUCUCUUUUAAAUGUGGAGUAUUCCGCUGUGUGGGUGUAUCACAGUUUGCUCAACCACGCAACCACUGAAGGCAUUUGGGUUGUUUCCAGUUUGGGGCAAUUCUGAAUAGAGCUGCUAUACACAUCCACUAGCAGGUGUUUGUGUGAACGUAAGUUCUUAUUCUUCUAGAGGAAAUAGCUAGGCGUGGGAUUACAGGAUUAUACUGUAAGUGAUGCGUAACUUUAUGAAAACAAACUGUUUUCUGGGAUAGCUGUGCCAUUUUGCAUUCUCACCAAUAACAUAUGAGAAUUCCAGUUCCUCCAUGUGCUCUGCAGCACUUCCUAUUGCCCAUUUUAAAAUCUUAGUCAUUCUAAUAGGCAUAUAGUGAGAUCUCAUGGUUUCCAUCUGCCUUUCUAAAACUGCUGAUAGCAUUGAGCAUUUUUUCAUGAGCUUAUUUGCCACCCACAUAUCUUUUUUAGUAAAGUAUUUAUUUAGAUCUUUUGCCCAUUUGGGGAGUAUUAUUUGCUUUCUUACUGUUGAGUUUUGAGGGUUGUUUAUUUAUCCUAGAUAUGUUGUCAGAUGUGAUUUGCAAAUAUUUUUUUCUAAGUCUGUACUUUGUUUUUAUUUUAUUUUAUUUUUCUUAUUUUUUCUUUUUUGAGAUGGAGUUUUGCUCUGUCACCUAGGCUGGAAUGCAGUGGCACAAUCUCGGCUCACUGCAACCUCUGCUGCCUGGGUUCAAGUAAUUCUCCUGGUUCAGCCUCCUAAGUAGCUGGGAUUACAGGCAUGUGCCACCACACCUAGUGAAUUUUUGUAUUUUUAUUACAGAUGGGGUUUCACUAUAUUGGCCAGGUCUCGAACUCCUUCCUGAUCUCAGGUGAUCCACCCACCUUGGCUUCCCAAAAUGCUGGGAUUACAGGUGUGAGCCACUGCACCUGGCCUGUUUGUUCAUUUUGUUAAAGGCAUCUGUCAUAAAACCAAAGUUUUACAUUUUGAUGAAGUCUAAUUUGUCAUUUUUUUCCUCUUAUGGAUCAUGCUUUGGUGUUAUAUCUAAUAACUUUUUCCUUAACAUAAGGUUGGAAGGGUUUUCUCCUGUGCUUUCUUCUAAAAGUUUAUUGUUUUGCAUUUUACAUUCAAAUCUAUGUCCAUUUUUAGUCCAUUUCUGUGUAAGGUGUGGGGUUUACCUCAAGGUUUUGCUUCUUGUUUUGCAUACUGAUGAUCAACUGUUCCAUCACUAUGUGUUGAAAAGACUCCUUUCUCUGUUGACUCACUUUUACAACUUUGUCAAAAAUCAAUUAGCCGUAUCAGUGUGGGCCUACUUCCAAACUCUGUUCUGUUCCAUUGAUUUAUGUCUCUAGCCCUUCACUAAUAACUUCAGAGUAAUUCUCAAAAUAAGGAGCGUGAGUCCCCAGGCAUUAUUCAGGCAUUAUUCAUUUUAAAAAUUGUUUGGCUAUUUCGAUUCCUCUACCUUUCCCUACAAACUUUAGAAUUGACUUGUAUGUACCUACAAAAAAAAAAAAAUCCUGCUGGUACUUUUAUUGGAAUUACCUUAAAUAUAUAAAUCACUUUGGAGAGAACUGACAUUUUAACUACACUGGGUCUUCCAAACAAUGAACACAGUUUCUGUCCAUUUAUUUAGAUCUUCUCUGAUUUACCUAAUCAGCAUUUUGUAUUUUUCAUCAUACAGAUCCUGUGUGUUUUGCUAAAUUUAUCUUUAAGUGUUUAAGAAAAUAUUUAGAGCUAUUGUAAUUGGUAUUAUAUCUUCUGAAUUCAGCAAAUAUAGAUGUACACAAUUUUAUAACUGCAUAGUAUUUUAUUGCACAAAUUAAUUUAUUUACUUGGUACUCUAUAAUUGUACCUUAUGUUUUUUCUGGUUUUUCUGUUUUUGUUUGUUUGUUUGUUUGUUUUUUGAGACGGAAUCUCACUCUGUCACCCAGGCUGGAGUGCAGUGACACGAUCUUGGCUCACUGCAACUUCCACCUCCAAGUGAUUCUCCUGCCUCAGCCUCCAGAGUAGCUGGGAUUAUAGGCACCCAUCACCAGGCCUAGCUAAUUUUUGUAUUUUUAGAAGAGACAGGGUUUUACCAUAUUGGUGAGGCUGGUCUCGAACUUCUGACCUCAGGUGAUCUGCCUGCCUCAGCCUCCAAAAGUGCUGGGAUUACAGGUGUCAGCCACCGCACCUGGCCUUCUCUACCUUCUCUAUUGUUAACAAUGUUUUAAUGAAUAUUGUUGCACAUAUCUUUUAUCCAUUUGUCCAAUAUUUCCUUCAGAUAGGUUUCUACAGGUAGAAUUGCUUGGACAAACAAGUAUGAACACUUUGAAUUUUGAUACUUAUUGUCCAGCAAUCCCUGAGAAAAGCUACACUAAUUUCUCUUCUCACCAACUAUGUAUGACUGGAAAUUUUCUCAUAUCCUAUCCUUGCCAAUACUGAAUGUCAUUAUCUUUUGGCAUACUCUUUGCCACUCUCAUUUUAAUAUGUAUUUCUAUGAUUAUCAGUAGGCUGAAAUUGUAAUACAUUAGAAUUAUAAUACAUUGCUGAAUUCAAUUGAUAUCCAAUUUUUUUUUUUUUUUGAGAUGAAGUCUCACUCUGUUACCCAGGCUGGAGUGCAGUGGCGUGAUCUCAACUCACUGCAACCUCUGCCUCCCGGGUUCAAGCGAUUCUCCUGCCUCAGCCUCCCAAAGUGCUGGGAUUACAGAACCACCUCUGUGCAGAAAAACAACCAAUUUGUUUUCCAUUCUGCUGCCUGAGACAACCACAUCCUCUUCCCACACCUGACAGGCUACCAUGGAAAGCUCAGAUGUGGAGCUGGACCUCCAGAGGAGCGUGCAGGCUGUGCUCCGUGAGCUAAGCACCCAGGCCCCUGCCCUGCAGAGCAACCAAGGCAUGUGGAGGUGGUCCCUGCACAAGAAGGUCGAGCGAGAUCCUAGUAAGAGCCCUGCACUGGUCCGCAUUCUGCUCAGAGAACUGGAGAAGGCAGAAAGUGAGGACCUCCGGCAUGUCAUCAUUCCCUUGCUGCACACUGUAAUGUACGUGCUUACCAAGGCCACAGGAAUCACAGAGGAGCUCUACCAGAGAACCUAUGCCUUUUGCACAAGAUUGCUGACCCUGCCCACCCCCUACUGUACAGUUGCCUUGGACUGUGCAACAAGACUGAAAACGGAGACGGCCGUCCCAGGUAAGAGCCACUGUGCAUCUUUAUCUCCCACGCUACACCUCCAACACUGCCCAAGGUCUUAUCUUUUUCUCCAGGAUACCAGGGAGCUCAAAAGCCUCCACACUUUCUGUAAGAAGGUGGAGAAUGGGAAUCAGAGACUUGGGGGCUGGUUGACCAAAGUGAUCUGGUUUGCAGGGACACUGUACCAAAGGAUGGUUAUUGCCGAACAGAACUUGAUGAAUGAACCAUAUCCCUACCAAGAGAGAGUGUUCGUCUUUGUGGAUCCUGAGCUGGUGUCUGCCGCUGUGUGCAGCGCUCUGCUACUGGAGAUCGAGGCAGCCCAGGUGCAACAGACGCCGGAGGCCUGCAUGCGCCACGUGGUCUCCCAUGCCCUGCAGGCGGCUCUGGGGGAGGCCUGCCAUGCAGGCGCUCUGCACAGGAAGCUGCAGACCAGCUCCCCCGGCACCCUGGAGCACUAUUUCCAUGCCGUGGUGGCUGCCGUGGAACAGAUGGCCAGCGAGGCCAGCCCAACCCGGGCAGGACACGUGGAGAGGCUGGAGGAGAUUUACUGCUCGCUGCUGGGGCCAACAGCGGGGCACUGCUGCGGUGAUCCUGUCCAAGAGCGGCCACCAAGCAUUCCCCUGCCCAGCCCCUCUAUUACCUUCCACCUGUGGACUGGCGAGGAGCAGCUCUGGAAGGAACUGGUGCUCUUCCUCCACCCAAGAUCCCAGCUGCGCCUCAGUACGGACUUGGAGGUCUUGGAUCUGCAGGGCCUCCGGCCAGACCGGGAGUUGGCCCGGGUGUCCAUGCUGUCCACUGACAGUGGCAUCGAGCGGGACCUUCCCCUGGGGGCUGAUGAGCUACCUGCACCCAGCAGCCCCGAGAUGGAGCGAGCUGGGCUACAGCGCAAAGGAGGCAUUAAGAAGCGUGUGUGGCCCCUGGACUUCUUGAUGCCUGGCAGCUGGGAUGGGCCCCCAGGGCUGCACCGGAGAACAGGCAGGCCUGGCGGGGAUGGGGAAGUGCUACCCGGUGUCUCUCGGCUGCAUACAGCCCGGGUACUUGUGCUGGGAGACGACAGAAUGCUGGGGCGCCUGGCUCAGGCCUACCACAGACUCAGGAAACAGGAGAACCAGAAGUUCUGCCUCACUCCCAGACUCAGCCUGCAGCUCUACUACAUCCCAGUGCUGGCGCCUGAGAAGCCUGCAGCAUCCAAGCAGCCAGAGCUGGGAGAGCUGGCUGCGUUCCUGGGCCGCGUAGAUCCAUGGUACCAGAGCACCGUCAAUACACUGUGCCCCGCCAUCCACAAGCUGGCUGAGAUGCCUCCUUCCCUGGACACAUCCCAGACUGUGGACCCCUUCAUCCUAGAUGUCCUCACCUACUAUGUCCGCAUGGGCACCCAACCCAUUUAUUUCCAGAUCUACACAGUCAAGAUCUUCUUCAGUGACCUGAGCCAAGAUCCUGCUGAGGACAUUUUCCUCAUUGAGCUCAAUGUGAAGAUCCAAGAUUCUAAAUUCCCCAAAGGUAAACAUCUGCUUCCCUUUUCCCAAAGGUCACAAAGGUUACCCCGACUCAUCUUCUCCAAACUCUCAUUCUCCCACCUCUCACCUGAUGAUGUCUGUACCCCCACAACCUCAGUGCUGCCCCUGCUCUGUUCCCUGCUUCUGCUGAAUAUGAGGGCUGCCCUUGAUUCCCUCCAACGCCUCCCCAAGACUGAAAGGCAGCUUGGCUCCCUGAGGUGUUGCCUUUCCAUCCAGGGAGAUGGAUGGAUGGGUAAACCCAGCAGCUCAGCUCCUGUUCUCAGAGAGGUGGGAAGUCAGAGUGAGAGAGCUGGGAACCUCCACCCCAAGCCUCUUCUCAUCUCCCUGCAGAUGGCUUUUCACCCAAGAGGAGAGGUGUGGCUGAGGGCCCAGGGGCGGAGCUCUCCCUGCGUUACCAGAAGGUCAGUGUGCAUGGGCAUAGUUAGCAGGUGGCUAGGAGGUACAGCUAGAGAGAGCAGGCCUCAGGGACAAGCAGGGAAGCAGACAGAGCCAAAGGAGGCUUCUGCCCUUUUCUUGAAGCUGCCUGAAGAGUUCCCCAGCCUUCAGGGAGUUUUGCAGGGAUAAGUGGGGUUAAGUUGGCCUUACAUAUAGACAAGGUGGUGAUCUAAUUUAAGGAACAAGGGGGCUGACCCCUUGCUAAAAAACAUUUUCCUUGCUAGCUGACCAGAUGCUUGAACUGAUUUCACUAGAGAUUUAUUCUUUGGGAUCUGGAAGGCUGAACAUACUCUCUAGGGAUAGGAGUGCUACAAGCCUUUAUCUGCUAGCCCUUAUGGGACUUCAGUGACAUAGACAAAACAGGGCAGGGCACAGUGGCUCAUGCCUGUAAUCCCAGUGCUUUGGGAGGCUGAGAUGAGAGGAUCCCUUGAGGUCAGAAGUUGAAGACUGGGGUGGGCAACAUAAUGAAACCCCUGGCUCAAAAAACAAUAAUAAUAACAAAAAGACUCUCAUAGUAGAGGUGGCAAACAGGGUAGAGAGGCAAGACUGUGGAUGUGGGGAUGUGUGGGGAAGGGGUAUGUCCUGAAGACCCCACCUGUUCCUCAAUACCCCUCCCCCAGGCCUUGCUCAGCCACCGGCCCCGAGAGGUCACCGUUUCCCUGCGGGCCACUGGGCUGGUCCUGAAGGCCAUUCCAUCCAGCGACACAGAAGGUGAGGAACAGGGAAUGCAGAGCAAAGAAAGAGAAGAGAUGAGA